AUGCGCAAAUCAACAGUCCAGCGAGAACGUUCGACGUUCGACGAGCAGUCAAAGAACUAUUGAAACGAAGUAUCAUGAGAACGCAAGCGAUGAUCUUCUCGAUCGUGUUGGUGCUGGGAUUGCUGCUUUGGAGUCCCUGUGAGGCAGACAUCUACUUCGAGAUGGCCACCUGCGCCUGUAACCUUCUGUACCAGCCGGUCUGUGCGAGCAACAAUGAAACCUACUCGAACGAAUGUGUCCUAAAGUGCGCUACCGAAACACCCACCGGUCGCCGGAUUGGUUUGCACAAGAUUAAGGAUGGGCACUGUAACGAAGAGUUUUAACGUUAAGCAUUGUCUAGUCUAGUGUCCAGUGUAUCACGUGAAAAUUGAAUCCUGUAUUGCAUCAGACUUUGAUUUGUUUUUCUUCAAUAAAGUAUAAAUAAAGCAUA